AUGUCGUCCGUGGACAGUCCUUCUAGCGGAGGCGGAGAAGGAGGAGGUGACACGCGAGAAUACUACUGCUACCAAUGUGAGCGCACUGUUACUAUCGCACACUCAACCACCGGUGAACUGAAUUGCCCUAAUUGCAACGACGGAUUUCUUGAAGAAUCCCACACCGCCCCGCCCUCAAACCUUACCACUUCCGACAUUGAUGACAUCAAUAAUUCUUUUUUCUCUGGUAAUUUCCCUCCCGCCGCGGCUUUUGGCAGCUUCCCUUUCGUCUUCUCCUCAUCUUCGACCACUGCUGCCUCCGGUGGUGCCUCCUUUCCCGCCGGAAUAGGACUUGAAGACCUAUCCACCUUCUUAGGCAGUGGCGGCAAUCACCGUCCGGGUCGAUCUCCCAACGAAUUCGACCCAUUUACCUUUCUAAACAACUACAUCAGCAACCUCCGAGGCCACGGUGCGAGUGUUCAGCUUGUUUUUGAAGGUCCUGAUGGGGAAGGAGUGGAUUUCCAGCUUCCAACGAAUCUCGGUGAUUAUUUUAUUGGACCAGAUUUAGAACAAUUAAUUCAGCAACUCGCCGAGAAUGAUCCCAACAGGUAUGGGACACCGCCUGCAUCGAAAUCUGCAAUGGAGGGGUUGCCGGAUAUAAAGAUCAUGGAGGAGAUGCUGGGCUCAGAGUCAUCCCAGUGUGCCGUGUGUAAGAACAGCUUUGAGUUAGAUGAGGCGGCGAAGCAGAUGCCAUGUAAACAUAUUUACCAUAAAGAUUGUAUCUUGCCGUGGCUUGAGUUGCAUAAUUCUUGCCCAGUUUGUCGAUAUGAGUUGCCCACUGAUGAUCCGGACUAUGAAAUUCGGAAAAUGGGACAGUCCAAUACUAAUGAUAGCAGCAGUAGUAGUAAUAAUAAUAAUAAUUCAGGCUUGGAGUUGAGUGGUGGGGAGCAGAUAGGAAAUAAUACUAAUGUUCCAACACCGAGAACAAUAGAGAGGAGGUUUAGCAUACCAUUACCGUGGCUUUUGAGAGGGUUGGAUUCUUCUGCUGAGACAAGCAACAGUGGAGGAGCUGGGCGUAAUGAUGGAGGGAACAACAGCAACAAUAACAGCGACAGAGAGAACAACUGCAACAAUAACAGUGGAGGACCAAAUGUGGGUUCUGGAGGAGGGGGGCAAGUGAGAGACGACCUCGGGUAA